GAAAUUACCAGCGUGUAAAUACCUCAGAGUGCACGGAAGUGAGAGCAGUAAAGAAUUCUUGGACGAAAUAGAUUUGUAAAUUAAUUAUUUCUAGAACUUUUCCCAUAAAAAAAAAAUAAAGGAAGAACAAUAGUAAUAAUUAAUAGUAUUGCCGAUCAGUGAUCAUGUCCAGCUUGCCAGAACUAGACGUUAUGACCGAGUCGGAACUAGAAUUCACAGCGGGGACCACCGAGCCAGAGAGCAAUGUGGGAACCCCUGACGUUACUGAGAAUGGAGUUGAAUCUGGCGAGAAAGUUCCGGUAGUCCCUGUGGAACGAAGUGGAGUUGAGGGCUCUGUUCCGGAGUCUGUUCCGGAGUCUGCAGUGGUGAGUUCCACUAUUCCAAACCUUGUACCUGUUGCAGAUGAAACCCCUAUAACGACCAAUUCAUCCCCAAUUCCUCCUCCUCCUAAAUUUGCAGAUAUCUUGAAUGCGUCUCCUAUUUCACCCCCACAAACCGGGAACUCAACGGUGGAUCUGACCCCAGCCACCAAUGGGAAUGUUGCAACAGCUACUGAAAAUACCGACACUAAUGCAAAUACCACAAUUACAUCUAUCGCUGAUGAUGAAGAAGAUUCACCUAAAAAGAAGAAAAAUGGACCUGGUGGUAAUACGAGAUUCACUCGUCAUUUGAAGAAAUCUGACGGAGAACCAUUUUGGAGAAAGGACAUUCAAUACGAUUUCCUCAAGGCACUUUUCGAUAACGAUCAAAAGGUUUUCACCAACACAUUCCCCGAUGCUGGAAUUGUCGGUAUUACCAACGAACCCAAAUACUCCUUUUCAGAGCUCUACGUACGUACACUCGCAGAAUCUGGAAAGUGUUCCAAGAUUCUUAAGGAACGUUUACUCAAGGAUGUAGAAAUGGGGGUUUCUGUCGGGAAAGUUUGUCUUCUUGUCAAUUCAGGAAGAAUGAACACAACCAUCAAUUUUGUUCCGGAAAUGCGGUCUACAUUGAGAACGUAUCACUCCAUCCCAUCCCUUCAAGCAGACCCAAUCCAUGGGGGGUCCAAGCCAUUACAAGACACUCCAAGAUUGAAACUGAUCUUAAAAUCUGUUUGUGAAGGUCAAGAACACUUGAAAAAAUUACAGGACAUUAUGGAAGCUCCCUUGGCUCCUGCGCAACCAAACACAAAUAUCAUCCAAUUGAUUUUCCUUUUAAGUACCAAUUCACGUGGAAUCAAAUAUUAUCAAGAGGAAGGAGCUCUCAAUAACAAUUUCAUGGACUUUUUCUUGAACGAAAAGGUACAUCCUAGAAGUAGAGCCUUGAGGUUUUUAUGGUUGAUGUAUACCUUUUUGGAAACUGGGUUUAGUACUGAAGAAAUAAAGAAUAAUCCAUUUGGAAUCGAUGGUAAUAUCCCAUCUGAAGAAAUGGUCCCUGACGAAGAAGUAAAUAGAUUUGAUCAGGAUACCGAGUAUGAGAUAAAGUUUUCUCAAGAAAUGAUUUUGACAAGACAAAGAUAUUUGACUGACGAGGAACAUAAUAGCAAUCCUAAGCGGGGCAACAAAUCCAGGAAGGAUAAGGAAUUGGCGGCUCAAGUUGAAGAUGAGAACGUUGACGUUGCCGCAGCCAUUGCCGCAGUAGAAGGGGUAGUGCCCAUCGCUGCGCCAGCAGUACCAACGGAACACAACCCACCACAUGCACCUCCUAUUACAGCACCUCUGUCGGUGAUGCCUGUGGCGUCAUUGACGAAUGCUGAACCAGAAUCUCUUGACACAGAACUGGCGAAGGAAACUUCAGUGGUAACCUCUUCACACACGGUGGGACCACCGGGACUUCAAAUUCUUGCUCCUGCUGAAAAACGUGGACCUGAAGACGAUGGAGAUCAUCAUAUUGCCAAGAAGGCUAAAAGACCACUCCCCACAUUUAAUAGCACUGUUUCGUCACCUUUAGGACAUUCUGUGAUAUCUGCACACGACUCGAAUGGGAAUGGUGCCACAGCCAGUAAGGCUACCAAUGGAUUAGCCACCCUGAUCAUACUGUUUGACGAUGAACCUUCUCAUGAUUACUUGACAGAAACAUCCACCACUAGAAUGGAACGUUCUGAUCACAAUCUUACAUUCCCAAUCAAACAACUUUCCAAAAUUAAGGAAAGUCUUCCAGAAGAAUCUGAGUAUUCUCCAACUAAUAAAACAUCAAUGGCCUCACAUCUUAACAUUGUGAGCAAAUCCAAGCCAUUACUUAAACAACUUCGUGCGAACUCCAAGAUUCUGAAUGCAGAGUUCAACAAGAAGGUUGAGGACUUGAAAGACUGGAUUUUCCGCUACUUCCAAUAUAAGAAGUCCACCUCAAAUGGACUUUUAGGAAUGGAAUGGGAAAAUAUGCGAUACGAUGUGAUCAACGGGAUUGAGAGCUUUGUGUACAAGCAGCAAGGUAAGUCGUACGAAGGCUUGCAACAGGAGAUCUUGGACAAUACUGACAAUGGCCGCCGAGGACAUAAUAUUGGUGGUGUUUCAGGGGCUGACCUGGACGAAGUUGGAUUUGGGUUUGUGCCUGUGUACGACUUUAACCGUGAUAAUGAAGAAAACAAGUUCAUACAGAAUUUGUUACAGUAUUGUAACGAGACUUUGGCUGCUUCUGAAACUGAAUCUUUAAAGAAAGAUCCUCCUAGAAACGCCAACUACGUCUCAAUUGACUUGAAGGGAGGUAAAAUAGAGUUCAACUUGGAGUUCUAAGGAUUAUGUAUUAAUUAUGUAUUUUUACUUAUAUGUAUAUGACUGACAAUGAAAAAGAAACGAGUCCUCGCACAAUAAAUAAAA